AUGACGAAAAUAACAUUUACUUCGUGUUUUAAAUGCCUCAAAUAUUCCAUGUUUGUAUUUUGUUUGAUAGCAUGGGUUCUUGGUUUAAUCACAUUUAUUGUUGGUAUUGUGGCUCGUGUAAACGGUAGCUUUGGAAUUUUAGAUGCACAUAUACCAGCUGUUCAUGCAGGUGCUAACUUACUUAUUGCUGUCGGGUUUUUCAUUAUGAUAAUGGGUUUCUUUGGUUGUUGUGGUGCCAUUCGUGAAAGUCAAUGUUUACUAUUUUUAUUCUUUGCAUUUGUAUUCUUUUGCUUCACUCUGUUAAUGGCAGCUGGUUUAUGGGCUGUUGCAUGGUCGUCUAAAGUGAAUCAUUACAUGUAUCGUUAUUUAGAAGAACAAGUGACUCGAUAUCGUGAAACGGAACCAGAAAAUGAAAGUACAAAAUUAAUGGAUUUUAUACAAAAGAAAUUCGGUUGUUGCGGUGUUACUUCAGCAGCUGAUUAUGGCACAAGAUCCCCACCUAAAAGUUGUACAGUAACAAAAUCUAUCCAGUCAUAUUCUAGGGGUUGUCACGAAGUACUCGUGGAGGCAUGCAGAUCUAAUUUAUCUGUAAUAUGUGGAAUCGGGAUUAGUUUCGCUUUGAUUCUUGAAGAUUUGGGAGAAGGGACAAGUGCUGACAGACUGGAAAGAAGGAUACCUCAUCCAGAUAUAAAGAAAGGAAAUCUGAACAAGUGUUAGACCUAAAAGUCGUUACACUACUAUAGGUACCAGGAAAGGUUUUUAAGUGUUGCUGAACCGGAUGAAAUACUCAGUAGACACCCAACUUGGAGAUCAACAGACCAGAUUCCAUAAGGAUCGGUCAUGCAUAGACUAAAUCGCAACACUACGGAUCAUUGUUGAACGACCAAUUGAAUGGAACUCGUCACUAUACAUCAACUUCCUUGAUUAUGAGAAAGCAUUUAACACUAUGGAUAGGAGAACAUUAUGGAACCUUCUACGACACUAUGGAGUGAGUAGCUGAGAAGGUCGUCAAGAUCAUCCGGAAUUCAUACGACGAACCACAGUGCGAAAUGAUGCAUAAAAGACUGCUGACAGACUCAUUCCAAGCAAGGGUUGGAGUCAGGUAAGGUUGUUUACUUUCUUCCUUUCUCUUUCUUCUGGUGGUUGACUGGAUUAUGAAGACCCUCAAAUCUCAGGGGGAAGCAUGGAAUAUAAUGGACAGCUUUGAGGAAACUAGACGAUUUGGACUUGGCUGGUGACCUAGGUCUUCUAUAUCAUACAUAGCAUCAAAUACAGGUGAAGACAGCCGGUAUAGUAAGAGCAUCUACAGCAGUAGGUCUCAACAUAUGCGAGGAAAAACCAAGACUCAAAUACAACACAGGUGGCAUCAACCAAAUCACACUUGGUGGAGAAGCUCUGGAAAAGGUGUAAACUUCCACGUACUUGGACAGCAUCAUCAAUGAACUAGGAGUAUCUAAUUCAGAUAUGGAACUCAAAACAACUGUCAACCAA